UCACUGUCAUUUGUGAAACUGGUGGACGCACGUGUUUUUAUUAUUGUUAAGAAAUAGAUAGAAUUAAAAAUGAAGGUUUUGUCAGAAGAAAGGACGCGAAUUUUAUUUGAAAAACUAACAAAAUAUAUUGGAGUGAAUGUGAAACAAUUGAUUGACCGGCCUGACGGCACAUACUGCUUUAGAGAAAAGAAGGACCGUGUUUAUUACAUAUCUGAGCGUAUCCUACAUUUAGCUCAAACAGUAAAGCCAGAUCACUUAAUAUCUGCGGGAACAUGCUUUGGAAAGUUCACAAAGACGAAUAAAUUCAGGCUACAUAUCACUGCGUUGUCGUAUAUAGCACCUUACGCGCCCUACAAGGUUUGGGUGAAGCCGUCAUCUGAACAACAGUUUUUAUAUGGACAUCAUAUUAUUAAGAGUGGUCUAAGCCGCAUUACAGACAAUACACCAAAACACCAUGGAGUGGUAAUCUGCACAAUGUCAGACAUUCCCAUAGGUUUUGGAGUAGCAGCACGGACAACAGCUGAGUGUAGACACGCAGACCCCCUAGCCACUAUUGUCUUCCACCAAGCCGACGUCGGAGAAUACAUACGUGCAGAAGAUACACUUACAUAAAUAAUAAAUAGAUUUUACGGACAUUUUAAA